GUACUAACAAGGCACUCUCUGGAUACAUGCAAGCAUGAACUGUUUACCCUUCUACAGAAUAUGGUGGCUUCUUAUUUUUCAUUUAAUUCUGGUCAUUUGGGUGUCUCCAAAUGCAGAAAGCAGUCCAGUCUUCUCCAGCAGACAGGAGGCCAAUCACGUGCUGAAAGUUCGGAAGCGUGCUUUUAACUUCAUGGAGGAGCUAAAGCCGGGCUCCCUGGAACGCGAGUGCAUAGAGGAGAAGUGCGAUUUCGAGGAGGCCUUCGAAAUUUUUGAGACUAAAGAGGACACACUCAACUUUUGGGCAAAAUAUUUUGAUGGGGAUCAAUGUCAGUCCAAUCCAUGUGUCAAUGCAGAGUGCAAGGAUGGGAUUGGAAGAUUCGACUGCAUCUGUAAUGAGGGCUGGGAAGGGCGUCUGUGUGGCUAUGAGGUUGUGUAUUCCAACUGCUCAUUGAAUAAUGGAGGAUGUAGCCACUUCUGCACCCAGCCAAUGAAUAGCACGAGGCGUGUGUGCAGCUGUGCCAUGGGAUACAAGUUAGAUGAAGACCACCACACGUGCCAACCAGUAGUGGAAUUCCCCUGUGGGAAAUCGAAAAUUGUAGACUAUGACUAUAAUGCCCGUCUUAUUGGUGCAAAGCAAGGACGCAAAGGGGAUACUCCUUGGCAGGCCAUGCUGCGUUAUGAGAAGAAGAUGAAAUGUGGAGGGGUCCUGAUUCAUCCUUCCUGGGUUCUGACUGCAGCCCAUUGCGUUACAUAUACUGGAAAGUACAGUGUCCGACUUGGUGAAUACGACAUACGCAAGUUGGAGGAUACAGAGCAGCAGUUUGCUGUGGUCAAGAUCAUUAUCCAUCCUGAGUAUCGAAGUGACACCAAUGAUAAUGAUAUCGCCCUACUGCGCCUCGUGCAGCCAGUUGUCUAUAACAAAUAUAUCCUGCCCAUAUGUCUGCCCAGUCUGGACCUUGCUGAAAAUACCCUGAUGGUGAAUGGCACUGUAGUCGUGGUUUCCGGCUGGGGCAGAGAAGAUGAAAAGGCCCUAAACUUUUCUAGUGUACUCAGCUACAUCCAGAUCCCUGUUGUUUCUCAUAAUCAAUGCGCUGAAACCCUAAAUGAUAGAUUGUCUGACAAUAUGCUGUGUGCGGGGCGCCUGGGACAUAUACAAGACGCCUGCUAUGGUGACAGCGGUGGGCCUAUGGUCACUAAGUAUGGAGGAUCCUGGUUUCUGCUGGGGCUGGUAAGCUGGGGGGAAGGCUGUGGGAGAAUUGAUAAUUUUGGUGUUUAUACCAAAGUCAACCGUUAUCUGGACUGGAUUACACAAAAGAUCGAGGAUGAAGAGGCCCGUCGUCUCUCUGAGAUAUCCCAGGCAGAAAAGCAAAACAUCAACAAAUCCCGGAAAGCCCGACCUUAGAAAACAAGAUGGUGACCCCAAUUUAAAUGUAUGUUUUCGUGCCAAGUAACACUUUUCUUGUCAAAAUUAAAGAACAUUAAAUUGGUAAUAAUGAAUCUAGAAAACGAAUUAAGCUUUCCUUACUCAGCAGAAGAAUACCUCCAAGUCCAAGGGUGCUGUUCUUUAAAUUAAAGGCUUGGGAAAACCAGGCAAGUAUUCCGCCAUGUUACCAGAGACUGUUCACGCACAAGAUCUGAUGUUAAAAAUUGCAGUUUCUAUAUACAAAUAAACUGUACGGAACAACAUAACCUAAUAAAGGGGAUAUAAACUGUGCCU